AUGGACACUAAACCAGAUGAUGGAGUUUACAAAUGGUGGGCACAAUCGGAUGAUACUAUCCAGUCAAUUUUAAACUCUGAUCAAAAGUGGCAAACACUCAAGCAUAAUGGUGUAUUAUUCCCACCAGAUUAUCAACCUCAUAGCAUUCCUGUUUAUUAUGAUGGAAAACCUGUAAAGCUUGACCCAGAACAAGAGGAAGUAGCAACAAUGUACGCCUCCAUGUUGGAAUCGGAUUACAUACAGAAGAAACAAUUUAAUGAAAAUUUUUGGGCUGCUUGGAAGGAACUUCUCGGGAAAAAUCACACAAUCAAAUCUCUUGCCAAGUGUGAUUUUUCUAAAAUUUGGGAACAUUUAUUGACAGAAAAGGAGACCAAAUUAAACAGAACUUCAGAAGAAAAGAAGGCGGAAAAGGAAUUAAAAGCAAAGUUUGAGGACGCAUACAAGUAUGCUCUUGUUGAUGGACGGAAGGAAAAGGUUCAACAGUUCAAGAUUGAACCUCCUGGAUUAUUUAGAGGUAGAGGUACCCAUCCUAAAAUGGGUAUGUUGAAAAAGAGAAUUCAACCUGAAGAUAUCACAAUUAAUAUUGGAAGAUUGGAAGAUGUUCCGCCUCCACCAACAGGACAUAAAUGGGGUGGUGUUGUAUCCAACAAUACAGUAUUGUGGGUUGCUGCUUUUAAAGAUGCAAUCAACAAUAAGAACAAGUAUGUACAAUUUGCCAGUGGAUCAAGUAUGAAGGCAAUGAAUGAUUAUCUGAAAUAUCAAACUGCAAGAAGCUUGAAGGAUUGCAUAGAAAAGAUAAGAGAAGAUUACAAACAACAAUGGACGGAGAAGCAAGAAAGUGAUAGACAAUUGGGAGUUGCCAUCUACUUUAUAGAUAAGCUUGCUUUGAGAGUCGGUAAUGAAAAAGAUGAUGAAGAAGAGGCAGACACAGUUGGUUGUUGCAGUUUAAGAGUUGAACAUGUGAGCUUGGUUGCUCCUUCAUCUAUCAAAUUUGAUUUCCUUGGUAAAGACUCAAUCAGAUAUGAAAAUACUGUAGAAGUUGAGAAGGAGGUUUACAAAUGUGUAAAGGGAUUUAUUGAAGGAAAGAAAAAAUCUGACAUGCUCUUCCACAAGAUUAAUCCAUCCAAACUCAAUGAUCACCUCAAGUCCUAUAUGGAAAAAUUAUCUGCCAAGGUUUUCCGUACCUAUAAUGCAUCUAUUACAUUGGAUAGAGAAUUGAAAAAGUUGGAAAGAGAAAUUACUAGUGACAUGAGUGUUGCUGAGAAAGUAAGCAUUUUCAACUCUGCCAACAGACAAGUUGCUAUUCUCUGUAACCAUCAACGUGCAGCACCAAAGACAUUUGAUACUUCAGUCGAAACUAUGGAAAAGAAAAUUGAAGAUCAAGAAACCUACUUGGAAAGACUCCAACAAGCAUUAAAGGAACCACCUAAAAAGCCAACACAACCACUUUUACCAAAAACCCCUGAAUCUAUUUCCUCCAAGAUUGAGGCCAUUAAGAAGAAGAUUGAUGAUCUCAAACAAGAAAAAAAGAUGAAAAUUGAAAACAAGACAGUUUCUCUUACAACAUCAAGAACAAACUAUUGUGAUCCUAGAAUUACAAUUGCAUGGUGCAAGAGAACUGACGUACCAGUAGCCAAACUCUUCUCAAAAACUUUGCAAGACAAAUUCCCUUGGGCUUUGGAUUGUCCAAACAAUUACACUUUCUAA